AUGGCACCCAAAUCUUCCAAGGUCGCUCACGACGACACAAAGUCCGAGAACACAAACACCAAAGAGAAGCACACGUCUAGUUCUGGUAGUCACUCGAAUGGCAAGCUUCGCCGUGUAGCUAGCUCGACGGGCUCUCAAUUGCGAGAAGUCACGAAUGCCAACGCUUCUGCUGACGCUCCCGCUCCGGCCAAGGAGACUGCCCAAAAUCCUGGCAUUCAAUGGAAAACCUUUGAGCGAGACACACUCCAUGCGUACCGUCGCGAACACCACCUCAACACUCCUACCUCCUUCUCUUGCUCGUACCGUCAAUUGGUCCUUUCGCGACCCGGUGGCAUUGGCCUACACUCCCCAACGAUGGCCCGGAAGAAGGAGAAUAGAAGGCAGAGCAAAGAGCAACUGGCGAUGACGGUACGGAAACACUUCAAUGGUGUCGGCAUACAAGAAAACGAUGUCAUCGUCGACUUUAUUCACAAAGUCAGGAGCCAGGCCAUAACCAAGGGCGACCGCCACAGAAGAGCGAAUUCGAAAUCGCACGACACUUGA